GUAACGACUCAAUUCUUUUUUGAAGUUGUUCUCUAGUUACAGGAGACGGUGGCAUCAUUAUCGGACCUCCGUCGAUCGAGCUUGAGUCGCUUUCAGAUGCGCUAUCACGAUAAACAUGGAUGCAGAUUUUGAAGAACUAUCGCAUGACAUAGAUCUUAUUGCAAAAGUUAAACAAUACCGUGAUGCAACGACGAAAAUUCAAGAUACAAUUAAAUAUGCUGCAAAUCCAGCAGUAUAUGAAAAACUUUCUGAUACAGAUAAAAUACAGUAUAAUCUAUUGAUGUCUUACUGCCUAAAUAGUGUGUUUUGGAUGUAUUUGCGUGCAGAAGGAAUUGACCCAGCAAAGCAUCAAAUAAAGUCAGAAAAUGAUCGUUUAAAGAGGUCUAUGACACGUGCAAAACAAAUUAAUGACAAGAACACAUUUAUGCCUCGUGUAAACAAGGAUGCAGCACAAAGAUUUGUUAGGAAUGGGUUGUGGGAAAUGAAGAAUAAAAAAAAAUGAUAUGAAAAUAAUGGAUGUAAUAUUGUAUGUAAAUAAAUUUGUUUUAUAAAUUAA